GAUGAUAUGAUUAUCUUAUUGUUUUAAUAGAUCACUCGUUUGCUAUAAAUAGGUGGAGAGGAUAGUACUCUCCCUACACAAAAAAGGAAAAUAAGUUAACUCACGAGAAAGCAUGGCUAUUCGCAGAGCUAAUUUCCUUGUUCUCCUGAUUGUUCUUGGAACGUUUCUACUUGUAAGCAAGCUGGAACAAGCAGAUGCCAAGCAUUGUACUAAGAAUUGUGAUCCAAGAAUUGAUCAUGCAAUUUGCCCACGUUCAGAAGAAAAUCAGAUCAAUCGCAUGUGCACCAACUGUUGCGCAGGCAUGAAGGGUUGUAACUAUUACAGUGCAGAUGGAACCUUUGUUUGUGAAGGAGAGUCUGAACCAGGAAAACCAAAGCCUUGUCCCCGCAAUUGUGAUCCAAGAAUCGAUCAUGCAAUUUGCCCGCGUUCAGAAGAAAACCGGAUCAAUCCCAUAUGCACCAAUUGUUGCGCAGGCAUGAAGGGUUGUAACUAUUACAGUGCUGAUGGAACCUUUGUUUGUGAAGGAGAGUCUGAAGUAGGAAAACCAAGGGCUUGUCCCCUUAAUUGUGAUGGAAGAAUUGCCUACGGGAUUUGCCCACGUUCAGAAGAAAAAAGGAUCAAUAAAAUAUGCACAAAUUGUUGCGCAGGCAAAAAGAGUUGCAACUAUUACAGUUCCAAUGGAACUUUUAUCUGUAAAGGAGAGUCUGAAGUGAAAACUAAGGAGGAAGUUGAACAUCCCAAACCUUGUACUUUGGAAUGUGAUCCAAGAGUUGCUUACAUGACUUGUCCAUCUUUGGGAUUGGCCAAACUUGAACAAGUUUGUGUCAACUGUUGCAUGGCAGGAGAGGGUUGCAAACUCUAUGAUCAUGAUGGAUCUUUAAUUAGUUGUCCUAAGGAGCUAUAAAGCUAUUAAUCCUCCUAAAUAGCUCUUUUUUUGAAAAACAGUAUGUGCUCUACGUAUGAAAUAAAGGCAUAUGGACAUAUGUAAUGAGACAGUGUGGAGAUUUCCACAGCUUGCGCAAGGUAUCCAAGUGUUUAAUAAAUGGAGCACUACUUUGUUGUACUUAUAUAA